CAUUCAAACAAGGUGGGACUGAAGAUAAUUUGAACUCUUCACCGACCAAUAACCCAGUGACUCCACCUUCUGCUCUAAAGAAAUCUGCUGCUUAUAUGUGCAAUCAUCACUGUGGAGAACACUUGAACUGCUGAGAUAGAGAAGACUCCUGUGCACUUUGACUCACACAGAGCUCAGACAUGCCUUCAGCGGGACUGGAGAUACUUGGAGUGACUCUGGCUGUCUUGGGAUGGAUCUCAGCCAUUGUAUCAUGUGUCUUGCCCAUGUGGAGAGUGUCAGCUUUCAUUGGGAUGAACAUUGUCACAGCCCAGAUCACCUGGGAAGGCAUCUGGAUGAACUGCGUGGUCCAAAGCACCGGUCAGAUGCAGUGUAAAAUCCAUGACUCCAUGUUGGCUCUCAGCGCAGAUCUUCAGGCCGCCCGUGCCCUCACUAUCAUCUCCAUCGUGGUGGGCAUUGUGGGACUCUUGGUGGCCAUGAUGGGAGCUAAAUGCACCAACUGCGUGGAAGAAGAGUCAGCCAAGGCUCGGGUGAUGAUAGCCGCUGGGGUGGCCUUCAUCCUGGCUUCCCUGACCCAGCUGAUCCCUGUGUCCUGGUCUGCCCAUACUAUUGUCAUGGAGUUCUACAAUCCAGUCAUACCUGAGGCACAGAAGAGGGAGAUAGUCAGCAGCAGAAGAAGACAUUUCAGUAUGUCUAUAGGGCUGGAGUUGAUAGGCAUCUCCCUGUGCAUUUUGGGAUGGAUUAUUGCCAUUGUGGCGUGCGCCCUCCCCAUGUGGAGGGUGACGGCUUUCAUCGGCAGCAACAUCGUGACGGCUCAGAUCAUCUGGGAGGGCCUGUGGAUGACUUGUGUGGUCCAGAGCACAGGCCAGAUGCAGUGUAAGGUCUACGAUUCCAUGCUCGCCCUCUCCCAAGACCUCCAAGCUGCCCGCGCCCUCACCGUCAUCUCCAUCCUGUUAGCCAUCCUGGCUGUGCUCAUAGCCAUCGCCGGGGCCAAGUGCACCAACUGCAUUGACGAUGAGGCAUCCAAGGCGAAGGUGAUGAUCAUCUCCGGGAUCUUCUUCAUUGUUUCUGGGGUCAUGCAGCUCAUUCCUGUCUCCUGGUCGGCCAACACCAUAAUCAGAGACUUCUACAACCCUUUACUCACUGACGCUCAGCGGAGGGAGCUGGGAGCCGCGCUGUACAUCGGCUGGGCGGCCGCUGCCCUCCUGAUUCUUGGUGGCGGGCUGCUCUGCUGCUCUUGUCCGCCACGUGAGCCCAGAUACAACCCUUCACGAAUGGCUUACUCGGCCCCGCGAUCUGCAGGCGGCCCGGGGUUGGAAAGGAAAGAUUAUGUGUGAAUGAAGGUAAAAGAGGAAAAGACAUUACUGAAUGUCAGACCUGCUCUCCACACCAAAGUGCGUGUGUACCGAGGAACAGAGCUCCAGGAAACAAAGAGACUCCGAUGUGAAGGAUGUGUUUGGUUUUCCCUUUAAUGUCAUGUAUCUCUGAUUUAGGCUCUUUGUUUUCCAAAGACUGAAAAAGUAAGCUAAGGACACUGAGAUGGAAAUUUCCCUUAAUCAAAGCAAAAAGCAAAGGAAGUUAUGCUCUGUGCUUUUAAAGGUCAACACACCAAAAGUUAUCAUAUCAUUGUACAAUCAUAUACUUUUUAUACAAUCCUGCCUUCUUAAUGUUUACUGCUGAAUAUUUUUAUGAACACCGCUGUGACUGCGUCUUUAGUCACCUUCAUAAUAAGACACCACUGUGUAUAUAAAGGAAGAACUGGAUGUGGGUGUGGCGGGAUUAUAUGAUCGUCCUAAGAGUGUCUAUAACCACCAGGUGAUAACGGUUUUCAUCGCAGCUUUUAGUGCAGGUGGUUCAGGAUGUGGAAAGCUGAGGAAAGGAGCUAUGAAUGCCUCAGUGUGCACCGAGGCGGCACAAAAGUACCCGAGUUCAUCCAAAACAGGAACUGACUUUGUGUAUUGUAACUGCAGUACAUGUAUCUCAUGAUGUUUUUAAUAAACAUGACAUGUUUUUUUAGAAUAC